CUGAGGAGAGGGUAUGACUAAGUUUACUUGUCUGCAGAAGAGGAUUGCUGUCGUUCAGCAUGUUGUUGUGACUGCAUGUACUGAGGUGGAUGUGGUGGCACUGCCUUGUGGUCCUCUGGCUGGAGAUUGAAAGGACACUGGAGUCAUGUCCACUGGAUCAGUGAGUGAUACUGAGGACUUGCUGGAGCUGAGAGUUUUGGAGCUGCAGUACCCCAAAGCUCAGAGAGCAGGAUGCAGUGAUCUUCUGCUGGACCACUCCACCGACAACUCUGAUGAAGAAGUCUCAGAGCCAUCAAGUGGCAAAAGGAAACGUGGCUGCAGAAGCCACCAGAGUCCAGACAAGAAGCAGCAGCCUGGCAGGUCUUCCAAGGAGUGCAAACAGUCUCAAAGAAACGCGGCCAACGCCAGGGAGAGAGCCCGCAUGAGGGUCCUGAGCAAAGCCUUCUCCAGGCUGAAGACCAGCCUUCCAUGGGUCCCACCAGACACCAAACUAUCCAAGCUGGACACACUGAGGCUGGCCUCCAGCUACAUUGCGCAUCUCAGGCAACUGCUCCAGGAGGACAGAUAUGACAAUAGCUACAUUCACCCAGUCAACCUGACCUGGCCAUUUGUAAUACCAGGACGACCAGAAUGUGAUCCCAAAGAAUUGACAGCAGCUAGUAUAUUAUGUGGGGCCAUUGCUUAGAUACAGGCUCGGAUGGGACUUUCCUUGACUUUAAGAUGCUGAAAAUCUGGGCAAGAUGCCUUAGGUGAUCAAAGGUCAUCCGUCUAAGUGCAUAAUGCCAAAUGUACUAAUAUGAGAUUAACACUGUUGGACAAAAAAUAAAAUGUACUACUUCAUUGUCAUGGGACACAGUUUUACACUUCGGAUUUCAAAAUGCCUUAAGAGUGCUCCAAAUGGACACAUGUCUCAUUGUAUUAAGAGACAUAAUGUAAAUAUAACAUAUCUGUGUUUUGCAAACCUGUUUUAUAACAACUGCAAAAAUAUAAAAUGUAACAAGAUAUAGAUUUGUUUUCAUUGCUGUUUUUAACAUCAUUGUUAUUUUAAAGCAUUAUUUUAGUUAAGACAACAGAAAUGAGAUUUAUAAUAUAUUUAUAUAAGCGUUUGUGAAAAUAAAUAUUACUGUAUAUAUUAAAAUUUGAUAUUUUUUACCCUCUUGGAUAUUGGAUAUUGCAUAAUUGUACAAUUGUUUUGGAGACUGUUACCUGUUUUGGCAUUACCACUGCUUUGGAAUUUGUAUAUUGUGCAAAAAUUCUAUAGUCUAUUGUUACAGUGUUAAAGUGUCAUUUCAGUUUUAUAAUUCUAUAAAAGGAAGGGGCUGGAGACGUUCGAUUUGUCUUAUGAACCACAAUGCAUCUGUUAUUCAAUAAUGUGAUUCAAUUU